AUGUCGACCGGAACACGAGAAGAGCAACGGGCUGAAUUAGAAGCUUUGCGUAGUAUUUAUGAUGAGUCUCACGUGAUGUUCAAUGAUGGAAUUUGUCUAAAUGGAAAAGUGGUGGUCGAAAUGGAGCCGCUCACGAAGCCUCUUACUGUCUACGUUACAACUGAAAAAGUUGAGUUAUUUUAUCAUGUGCUCUCAGGGCGGGAAUCAGUUGUCUUAACGAACUUGCCACCUGUUCUUCUCAUGUUUCACCUACCUCCAGAUUAUCCACUGGUGCGACCUGAACUAGAACUGGAAUGUGAAUGGAUGAAUGAAGAGUUGAUAUCGACGAUAAAAGUCAAACUUGAAGAAGUCUGUAAUGAAAAUCUUGGCAUGGGCGUCCUAUUUUUUUGCUAUGAAGCAAUUGCCGAUGUUGUUAAGAGCAGUUUUUCUGAAUUAACAGAACUUUGCAUUGAUGACACCCCUUAUGGUGUUAGAAAUAACAUGGAACGUAUUGAAUUAUUGCGACGUGUAGAUGAUUCUGGUUCCCGCUCUGCAGAUUGUCAUUUUAAAUCCGUUUGUCAUGAUUGUGAGGUCUGCUUCCAGUGUAAGCCAGGGACGCAGUGUUUGCUGUUUAGACCGUGUCAGCACGUAUUUUGUAAGGAAUGCGUUACUACCUUCUUUUUCGAGAUUCUUAAUAACCAAGAGAUUCGACCUCUCGGUUGCUUAGCCCUGGAAUGCAGUUCUCUGGCUUCCGAGCAGGCUAUUCAAAGUAUUAUUGGGGAGAAAGAAUUCGAGCGAUAUGAACGGAUACUUCUGGAACAAGCACUAGCAGUUAUGGAUGAUGUCGUUCCUUGCCCGCGUAAAAUAUGCCAGAAUCCAGUGUUUAAAGUUAUCGAUACAAUACUGAGUGAGGGAUGGAUUAAUGGCAACAGCAAACCGUGUCCCCGAUGUCGCAUCCGAAUUGAGAAAGCUGGUGGGUGUAAUAAAAUGCAGUGCUCCAAAUGUGAUGCUAUGUUUUGUUGGUUGUGUUACCGCGUACUUGAUAAGGACGACCCAUAUCUUCAUUAUAGGAUGGAGGACAGCGAUUGUGCCAACCGCUUGUUCGAAGGAAUGACUACAUCUGAAGAUGAAGACGAUGAGAACUUCGCGGUUGAUAGGGAGAAUGCCAUUGAAGACGGAAACGAAAGUGAUGACAACGUGGAAAUUCCCUUGAUUCGCAGUGGUAGUGAGGCGUCGAACUGA